AUGGAUCCCAAUCUGAAACUCAAUCUUCAUGAUGGAGACUUACUCCCUGAUCCAUCAAUGUAUAAAAGAUUAAUUUGUAGAUUGCUUUAUUUGACCAUCUCACAACUUGAUAUCACCUUUGCUGUAAAUCGAUUAAGUCAGUACAUGAAAGCACCCAGAGUGCCUCACCUACAUGUUGUUCAUCAUCUUCUGCAGCAUAUCAAAUCUGCUCUUGGACAAGGUUUGUUUUUUCCUGCUCAGAACUCUCUCAACCUCAUUGCCUUUGCUGAUGUUGAUUGGGCCAACUUUGUUGAUACCAGAAGAUCUACUUCUGGCUUUUGUGUCUUUUUGGGAAACAACCUCCUUUUUGGGCGUUCUAAAAAACAACCCACUGUUUCAAAAUCAUCCGCUGAAGCUGAAUAUCAUGCCUUGUCUUCUGUUUCUAGUGAAAUUGUUUGGUUAAGCAAGUUACUUCUUUACUUUGAAGUUGAUGUGCCCUCUGUGAUGCUAUUUUGUGAUAAUAAAUCAGCUAAUCUGCUAUAA